AUGCAGGGUCCUCUGCAAAUGCUCUUGAUCAUUGUGAUCUUAGCGCCAGCUGUAUCGGCACGUGACCUGCCAAACCCCGCCGACGGCGCCGCCCAGCUGCCACGUGGCAGGGAACUACUGGGCCAAAGCCCCACCGCCUGGGACAUGGACGAGUGCGCGCGCGCGGGCGCGCUUCGCGACCUGGCCGACUGCGGGUGGGGCUUCGGCAAGGAGGCGGGCGGAGGAAGAUCUGGGUCCAUCUACCAGGUGACCCACCUGGGGGAUUCCACCGAGUACCCCCAGCCCGGAACGCUGCGCCACGCGCUAACCCGCCCGUACAGCGUGUGGGUUACCUUUAACCCGGGCCAUAUGGUGAUCAACCUGAAAGCUUAUUUGGACGUUCCCUCGGGGACUACGAUCGACGGCCGGGGGGCACGUGUUGAGAUCGUGGGUCGGGGGCUGUACCUUCAGAACAAGAGCAACGUCAUCGUGACGCACGUGUCAAUUCACAACUGUUUGACCGACUGCAUCUCUCUCCGGCGGAGCCGCGACAUCUGGAUCAACCACGUGGACCUGUAUCGCGGCGGGGAUGGCCUCAUCGACAUCACCAAGACGUCGACACGUGUCACCGUCUCCCACUGCCACCUGCACGACCACCACAAGGCGAUGCUGCUGGGCGCGAGCAACGAGAACGUCGAGGCGAGCGAUUCAGCUCGCGAACGCAGUCUAGAUCUUCAGAGUGUUUCGGAGGGGGUUCGGACUUGCUGUAGGGGCUUUCGGAAAGUGCUUGCGGACGGCUGA